AUGUGGGGGCAACAAACGCCCGAGGAGGCUUUCCGCCGGGGAGCCUCUGAAGCCCUUCCAGACUCGCUCCAUCAUCGAGAUCCAACCCAGCCAAUCAGCGAAGAAGAAGCUGACAUCGACUCUGGCGACACCACCAAGAUCCCACCAAGUCCUGAGGCCUUGUCCACAGCCGACGAAGGCCUUUGGGGAGAGCGAGAUGUCGGCGGCCCAGUGAGCCAACGGAUGGCCAUGCAGGACUUUCAAGAGCUUCAACGCGAGCUCACCAAGAUGACCACGAGGCGGUCACGGUCCCAGUCCCGGUCCCGGGCGCGAUCACAACCACGAUCAAGGUCGGCCUCGAAAGCUUCCCGGAAAUCGGAUAGCAGGCGCGAUAAUGUCUUUCGCCGCAUCGCUUCCCGGGCCAGUGGAAAAUCAAAGCGGCCGAAAGACGAACACGAUCCUGAACAGCAGGCCGCCGACGAUGCUAGCAGCUCGGACGAGUCCUCGGAUGACGGCAGCCAGUUUCAAUUGGAGCAGUUUAUGCGCGACGGCCACCUUGAGAAGCGCACGGAUUCUGGCGAGUCGAGCAAGAAGGUCGGCGUGGUGUUCAAGAACGUCACCGUCAAGGGUGUGGGCGGCGGCACUGUGUUUGUCAAGACACUUCCCCAGGCUAUCCUCGGCACAUUUGGUCCCGAUCUGUACGGCAUUCUCUGCAGAUUUGUCCCAGCACUUCGUUUCGGACGUCGGCAAGGCGGGCUUCGUACCCUUCUCAACGACUUCACUGGUGUCGUACGGCAUGGAGAGAUGAUGCUAGUGCUGGGUCGGCCGGGGAGUGGCUGCAGCACUUUUCUCCGCGUCAUUGCCAACAAUAGGGGCGGGUAUGCUGCCAUCGAGGGCGAGGUUUCCUACAGCGGCAUCUCUGCCGAGGAAGUUGCAAAGCGCUAUCGCGGUGAGGUGGUCUACAACGGUGAAGACGACCAGCACAUGCCUACCUUGACCGUGGGGCAGACACUCCAGUUUUCCCUGCUCAACAAGACCAAGAAGCACCUCAGGGACAAUGUGGACUUUAUCAUCGACUCGUUGUUGCGCAUGUUUGCUAUCCAACACACAAAAAACACCAUUGUUGGGAAUGCCUAUACACGUGGUGUUUCCGGGGGUGAGAGAAAACGAGUUUCCAUCGCCGAGGCCCUGGCCACCAAGAGCACCAUCGUCUGCUGGGACAAUUCGACAAGAGGUCUCGAUGCAUCCACCGCUCUGGAUUACGCCAAAUCGCUGCGUGUCAUGACCGAUGUAUCGGAUCGAACAACCAUCACCACCCUCUAUCAGGCCGGAGAAGGCAUUUAUGAGUUGAUGGACAAGGUCCUGGUCAUUGAUGAAGGGCGCAUGCUCUAUCAGGGCCCUGCCAACGAGGCCAGGCAGUACUUCAUCGACCUUGGUUUCCACGCACCACCACGCCAGACUACUGCCGACUUUCUCACCUCCAUCUGUGACCCAGUCACCCGACAGUUCCGCCCCGGCUACGAAGACAAGUGCCCCAAAACUGCCGAGGAGCUUGAGACAGCAUUCAGAAACAGCGAGGCAUACAGGAAGGUCCUUGCUGAUGUGGAGCAAUUUGAGAGGCAUCUGCAACAAACCAAGCAUGCCGAUACUCAGAGGUUCCAGGAAGCCGUCGAGGAGCAAAAGUCUCGCCGUGUUGCCUCGGACUCGAACUACACUGUCAGCUUCUGGAAGCAAGUCCUCGCCUGCUCCCGCCGCGAAAUCUGGCUCUUGUGGGGCAACAAGACGGAAAUGUACACCAAAUAUUUCACCAUCAUCAGCAACGGCUUCAUUGUUGGCUCUCUCUUCUACGACACUCCGGACAACACGGCCGGCACCUUCCUGCGUGCCGGUGCUGCCUUCUUCUCCAUUGUCUUUCUCGGAUGGCUUCAGCUCGCUGAGCUCAUGAAAGCCGUCUCUGGUCGUGUUGUUGUGGCUCGGCACAAGGAAUAUGCCUUCUAUCGUCCGUCUGCUGUCAACCUUGCCCGCGCUCUCGUCGAUCUCCCGGUCUUGAUCUUCCAGGUUGUCAUCUUUGGUCUGAUCAUGUACUUCAUGACUGGUUUGGACUUGACACCGGCCAAGUUCUUCAUCAGUCUCUUAUUCAUCUAUACGACCACCUUUUGCAUCACGGCUCUGUACCGCAUGUUUGCGUCCCUGUCACCAACAAUUGACGAUGCCGUUCGUUUCAGCGGACUUGCGCUCAACUUGCUGGUCAUCUUUACCGGUUACGUGAUCUACAAGCCUAUCUUGGUGUCACAAAAGAUCUGGUUCGGUUGGCUCUUUUACGUGAAUCCGCUUGCAUAUGCCUUUGAAGCCGCUCUGACCAAUGAGUUUUCUGGCCGGAUCAUGGAAUGUGCCCCUGCGCAUCUUGUGCCUCAGGGGCCGGGUAUUCUACCAGCCAACCAGGGAUGUGCGAUUCCAGGCUCGGUCGCAGGGAGUACUGAUGUCUCCGGAACGGCAUACCUCGACAGCCAGUUCAACUACACCCGGGAUCACCUGUGGCGCAACUUUGGUGUUCUCAUAGCCUUCUCUGUGCUUUAUCUCAUGGUCACAGUGGCCGCCACGGAGCUCUUGACAUUUGUCGGAUCGGGCGGCGGCGCCCUCGUCUUCAAGCGUUCUAGCAAGGCAGCCAAGCGAGCCAAACUCGCUGCGAAGCCGACCGACAUGGAGAAGGGCAAUGCGACCGGAGCAUCAUCCACCACCGACGUUGGCUAUCAGAAUCGCUCGGAAAAGACAGAACUGACUGGUCUGACCGGAAGCGACAAGGUCUUUACCUGGGAGAAUGUCUCGUACACUGUUCCGACCCCUCAAGGACCCAAGAAGCUUCUCAACGAAGUCAGCGGUUACGCGAAACCGGGAGUCAUGGUUGCGCUCAUGGGAGCCAGCGGUGCUGGCAAGACGACGCUGCUCAACACCUUGUCCCAACGCCAAACGGUCGGCGUGGUUUCUGGCGACAUGCUGGUUGACGGUAAACCGCUGACCGGAGACUUUCAACGCGGCACUGGCUUCGUCGAACAAAUGGAUCUUCACGACGAGACCACCACCAUUCGGGAGGCUCUUGAGUUCUCUGCGCUCCUUCGCCAGAGCCGUGACACGCCAAAGCACGAGAAGCUGGCCUAUGUCGACACUGUUCUGGACUUGCUCGAGUUGACGGACGUUCAGGAUGCCAUUAUUGCGUCUCUGGGCGUGGAGCAAAAGAAGAGACUGACUAUUGGCGUGGAACUAGCAGCCCGGCCUUCGCUUCUGCUCUUCCUCGACGAACCGACCAGUGGCCUUGAUGCCCAGUCCGCUUUCUCUAUUGUGCGCUUUCUUCGCAAGCUCUGCGUUGCUGGACAGGCCAUCGUGUGCACUAUUCAUCAGCCCUCGUCUGACCUGAUCCAGGAGUUUGAUGAGAUUCUGGCCUUGAACCCCGGCGGCAACACCAUUUACUUUGGGCCUGUUGGAGAGAACGGUAGCGCAGUGGUCAAGUACUUUGCCGACCGAGGCGUCCAGUGUCCUCCCGGCAGAAACGUCGCCGAGUUCCUCCUCGAGACGGCCAUCAAGGGUGGAAGACGCCCAGACGGCAAGCGAAUUCACUGGACUCAGGAAUGGCGCGAGUCCAAGGAGAACCGAGACUUGCUGGCCGAGAUUCAGCGGCUCAAGGAUGAGCGCAGCAAGGCCAACAAGGAAUCGACUGUUGUCCAGCCGGCAUUGCAAUCGUUUGCUGCUCCCACCUGGACGCAAAUCACCCUUCUGACCAAGCGCAUGUUUGUCCACCAAUGGCGUCAGCCAUCUUAUCUCUACGGGCGGCUGUUCACUGCUGUUAUUGUCGGCAUCUUCAAUGGCUUCACCUUUUGGAAGCUGGGCAACACGGUGGCUGACAUGCAGAACCGCAUGUUUACGUGCUUCCUCAUCAUAAUGAUCCCUGCCACCGUCCUCAAUGCCGUCUUGCCAAAGUUUUACACCAACCGCAUGCUCUGGGAGGCACGCGAGCACCCAUCGCGCAUCUAUGGCUGGGUAGCCUUUUGCACGGCCGAGGUCUUGUCCGAGAUCCCAGGCAGUAUUCUGGCGGCCGUGCUGUACUUUUUGCUAUGGUACUUCCCCACUGGUCUGCCGACUGAGGCGUCAGUUGCGGGUUACGUCUUCUUGAUGACGCUGCUCUUCUUCCUGUUCAUGGCCAGCUGGGGUCAGUGGAUCUGCGCGUGGGCGCCCAACUUUACCGUCAUCAGCAACAUCCUGCCGUUCUUUUUGGUCACCUUUUCCAUCUUCAACGGUGUUGUGGUUCCUUAUGACCAGCUGAAUGUGUUUUGGAGAUAUUGGAUCUACUAUGUGAACCCAUCGACGUGGUGGGUCAGAGGCGUUCUCGCGGCCACGUUGAAUGGUCAGAGUGUGCAGUGUGCUCCCAAUGAGGCCGCCUACUUUGAUCCCCCAUCAGGACAGACGUGUUUGGAGUUUGCGGGCGACUUUGCGAGGCAGGCUGGUCAGGGGUAUCUGCUCAAUCCCAACGACACGGCAGACUGCGGGUUUUGCCCGUACUCGAGCGGGAACCAGUAUUUGAACACGUUGGGGAUCACUCCGGAUGAGAAGUGGAGGGACUUUGGCAUCUUUUUGAUGUUUUGCUUUACCAACUGGAUGCUGGUCUACUUCUUCGUCUGGACCGUCCGAGUCAAGGGUAUGACAUUCGGCUUUGGGCCGCUGUUUGACGUACUCGGCAAAGGUGUCGGGGCGGUCAAGGGGGUCUUCAAGAGAAAAUAGAGGAAAGAGAAUCUGGUUCGAUGGGAUAGAACUGGGUUGGGUUUAGAUAAGACACACGGGGCAUUUGAUACCACGGGAUUUCGGCUUGCUGUUUGUCACACAUAUGAGAUAUAAUAAUGGAUGAAGGGAUAAAAUGAGUGCGAGGUAGAUAGAUAUAGAAAUAACAGUCUUUGAUCGCUCAAUCCUGGAGGUUUGUUUUCUUUGGCGUGCGCAUUCAGGGGUAAC